CAGCUUGAAGACAAAGCCAUGAACCUUUUCACUGGAACACAUUGCUUAUCUGCAUAUGUAUGGAUGUAUGUUUAAAGGUUACUCUAUUUCAGUAGUUCUGUGAGCCUGUACGUCCUCUUCCUGUGUGCAGAUCUUGGAUUGCAGCUUAUGUUACCUACUUGGAAAUGUCGUUAUUAACGGAGGAAAUAUUAGUGAACAGCGGGUUUAUUCAUUGCAUUUGUCCAAGCAGCCAAUUACUGUUAAAGAAUGAUAGCCAUUUUCACCAAAUGGACAAUGGAAUAGCUAUAAUCGCUACAAGCUACAUAUGCAAGCCCCCACCAACAUGUGAUUUGGACAGUAUCUGCGCUGCUGUUACACAGAAUGUAAUAGAUCAUACCUCCUUUGUCAUGACACACUGCACAUGUCCAGAUGGUUUCUUUUGUCCAACUUCUAUCGAACAAGCAAAAGAAAGAAUUCGAUUGGAGAAGGGAUCGUAUUAUACAAUGUCUUGCAUCUGAUGGUCAUUGAUAUCAGGAAUCUCAAAAUCCCUGAGGAUAUUCUCUCAUAUGUUUCCGUAUAAGGUGGAACUGAAUCGUGUACUUUGGCCUAGUACUGAAAACUAAAAAAAUAACAUUCAGGUGUGAAAAAUGCAAGCUUUAGACCAGAAGAGACUUUGAAAAUACACAGGACGUAAUUCAAGAAAAGUGUUUCUAUUUAUCCUUUUGCAAUUGAAAUUAAAUACAAAUGCAUAUGCAAAGGGAAA